AUGCAUGAAGAUUGUAUGAUGGAUCAAGACGAAUCACAAUUACUCACUAAAACCCUAAAUCAGUCGUCUUCAUCGAGAUUACCUCAUGUUACCAUAACUCUUCUUACUCAUCUGUUACCACUACCGUCGUCUGCUACGCCACUUCUCCUUCUUCGCAAACUACCAUCGUACCAACAACAUCUCUUCUAUCUCUCUCCUUACUCUGUUCACUCUCCGGUAGCCCUAUGUUACCAUAACCCUUCUUACGCAUCUAUUACCACCACCAUCCUGACGCUGUCGUUACCACCACCGCCGUCUGCUACCCUGCUAAACUCUAACCUUAUAUCGCUGCCACCAUCAACGCCACCGUUACACACCAUUCACUGGAAACCCUAA